AUGCGACUUCUACCGCAAGGGCUUGGGAAAGCCAAGCCUUCAUUCCUUUUCUUACUGUUUCUGAUCAUUGCCAUCGCUGCUCAAGUCUCUGCCAUACCGGCAGAUGAUACAUCAACGGAUACUACCGAUGCCGCUAAGACCACCGACGAUCCCUCCACCACUCAAAGAACUUCUAGCGUGAGCGAGACCACAGCUACAGAUAUUGCGACAACCACCACAUCCUCAUCUACCUCCACUUUAACUUCCACCUCCACGUCGAGUUCUAGUACCAGCACAACGAGUUCGUCGUCUACAAGUACAAGUACAACCAUGGAUACAACCACCACCACAUCCUCUACCUCUACCUCUACCUCCACGACUGACAGUAGUACAACAACAACAUCAUCAUCCGUCUCCACGACAACGACAUCAUCAACAUCCUCCUCUUCCUCCACUUCCGCCGCUGCCAUAGUGACAAUACCCCCCACAGCCAACGCUCCAUAUAUGCAAGAGAGCAAUGCUCCAGAAGGAACAGUGUUCAUCGCUGUCGGCGCCGCGCUGGGACUGAUCGGUCUAAUACUCCUUGCCUGGCGCGCAAUGGUCGCAUGGUCUGUAAAUCGCUCUGUACGGCGCGCAGCCGUAAUGCAUGCCUCGGAAUCCAAGCGCCUGCUGCGCGGCAGCAGAAAGAAGAGAUCUACCGCUUACCAUGCUGCCCCGGUGGCCGACGUAUCUCUCAAUAAGGUCGGCACCGCCACUCGCGUAAGCUACAAGUCCAACCGGGCCCCAAGCGCGGGCAGCGGUCUUUUCUUCUCGCCCACUGCAGGCGGUCCUACCGGGUCGCAUGCAAGCCUCACCGCUGCAGGAACUACGGGAAAUCGUGGCUCAACAUACCUGCCCGCUGGAUACUACGCUGCUGCCGGUACCUCCAACCCGGCAGGCGGAGAAGCCCCAUACUCGCCCACUGCUGGUCUUUCAUCACCUUCCCUGCCUCCGGCCGGUGUCUACCAUGAUUCGCAUAAUCAGCGCCAGUCUUACGUGGGCGCUUCGACGAGCUCUUUGAACCUGAAUCAGGCGCCGCAGGGUCGUGCUCCUAGCGCAUACCUAGAGGAUCUGUUUGAGAGCCAUAAUCCUUCUCAAAACCCUGGUUCGGGCCAUCGGUAA